UAUACGUGAUCACAUCAAUGGCACACUCAGGGGUGGACUAUUCAUGACAAGCCUUAACCAGUGGUGUGCAAUCCCUCACUCGCUGAACGGGCGAAGCUCGGGCAUACCGAUGCCCAUGCCAAGCUUGGGCGCAUCUGAGAUCUAGUCUCGCAGAGGCUAGCUAGCUAGAACUCAAAGUACAGCUAGCUGAGCCAACGUCCCAAUCAGAGAUUGAAGAGGGCGAUAAGUGUGAGCCAUCCUUUCUGCUCCAUUGCUACCUGGUUGCAAAGAGAAUCCUCGCUUGCCAGCUUCACAGGCUGGUCAAUUCCUUCUGCAGUACCUUCUUCUCUCCCAGUACAUACACAUCCGUGAUUUAACCGCAUCAAUUACGUGGCGUCACAACAUGGUGCGCUUGCUCCCCAGAACGCACCGCGGCACGUGCGGCUGCUGCUCCGCUCUAGCUGUCAUCAUCACCGGCAUUGUGCUGCUGCUCCUGUCGUUCAAAAAGAUCAGCUCCACGGAAGUGGGGCUGCGAUACAACAGGGUCGCCAAGAGCUUAGCAGGGAGCAUCACGGGGCCGGGACUCCACUUCGGCCCGCCUGGAUUCAAGUUCGUGAAGUUCCCGUCCGUGUAUCAGUCCCGCAACUCGGGCGUCCGGUGCGUGUCCAACGACGGCCUCCCCAUCUUCCUGGGCAUCACGUACCAGUUUCUGGUCAACUCCACCGACCUCAAAUUGGUCGCCCUUCAAUACCACGACUACGGCAAGUACCUUCUGGUGCUCGACAGCGCGGCGGCUGCCAGCUGUCACUGGGCGUGCUCGCAGUUCCAGGUGGGCGAUUUCCAGGCGGAGCGCUUGGUUGUCCAGAACACCACCCGAGACCGGCUACAGGCAAACGUGCGGCCGCUACGUGCCAUCAUCCUAGACGUUCAGUUGCGCAACGUGACGUACCCGCUCGCGUGGUCUACCGCGGUGUCGCUGAAAGAGCAGGCCAGCUAUGACAUCACGCUCGCGUCACAGGAGCGGGAUCAGGCCAUCUCCAGGGCAAACGGCGAGCUGAUGCUUGCAAACCAGAACGCGACCAUCACCAUCCAAAUCGCCCAGACCCAGGGGAACGUCAUUCAAGCACAGGCUAACUACCAGGGCCAAGCGCUGCUAACCCAAUUCAGGACUGAAGCCGACAAAGCCUCCCAGAUCCAGCAAACCCUGAACUUAACUACAGAAGGGUUACUGGCCUACCUCGCUAACCGGGCGGUAGGAACGAGUACGGGGGUAUUGGACGUAGCCAUGGAUGCUCCGGCUCAAUUAUCAUACGCAACGGAGUUGUAGUCAAUGAGGGAGGUUCAGAUUGACAUGAGAAAGGGAAUCGUCCGACCAGGUCUUUAUUCAGCAGCAACGGUAGACUUUUGAAGUUAGGAUCGUCAGCGAACAUUGAUCCGCGGACCAUGUACAGAAACGGUCACGCAUAGCUAGAAGCAUCGCAGUCUGAGGCGCCUGUUGGAGCGUUCCAAUGUCAAUGUUGUUCCACAUCCGAUCCAUUUAUUCAUGUGCGGCCCUUGGCGGCUGGCACGUAUAAUGUACUGAUCUUCUCGUGAGUCACGGACUCGGCUUGAACUCAUCGUUGAGUAUGAUUAACAGCAC